AUGGCAAGAACUACAAGCACCACAACCUCCUCCCCAAUGCCUAUCUACCCAUGCCCAAACCACCUCGUCCACCACCACACCUUCCCUGAACUCUCCAUCGCCGAAGAUGGCACCGGCUCAAACCAACAGCCGUACUUUCGCGCCAUGAUCUUCUUCAACAAGAAACCCGGGCUUACGGACGAUUUCUUCCACGCGCACUGGAAGAGCGUGCACGCGGACUUGACGAUGCAGGUUGAAGGCGCGGGGGUGGAUUUGGUGAGAUAUGUGCAGUUCCACCAAGAGCAGCAGCACAUCACUGCGCUACUGCCGCUGAUGGAAGCGAGCGGCGGCAGCAUGAAGAUGGUAGGAUGGGACGGAGCUGCGGAAUUUCACGCGUGGAGCGCAGAGGCGUUUGUCAGGUAUAUGAAGAGUGUGUAUGCGUCGGAUAAACUUGUUGGCUGUGGAACGCGCUUUGUGGAUUUGGUCAAGGGAUACGAAGUCAUGGCCGGGUAUGAUAAUCUCAUAUUGGGCAGGGCCGUCCCGGGGCAGGGCGGGGAUGGGAUUUUGGUGGGGGAUCGGCGGUUGGGGGGAAAGAGGAAGGCUGAGGAGGAUGGAGAGGUGGAGGGUGCGGCGUGCAAGAAGAUGCGUGUUGGAGAUAAGGAGGAGGGAGGUGAAGACGUUGCGUGCGAGAAGGUAUCAGUGGGAGAGAAGCAGGUGGAGGAGAAAGACGAUGAGGCAGAGGACACUGCUUGCAGGAAGCUGGGUUGA